GUGAUCGGUGGAGUUUUUGGUGUACUAUCGUCGUGCUGUUUGUCUCCCCUCCCUUUCAUUUGGUUAUCUUGUGAGGGGGCAAAAAGCAUCCAGUUGGGAUGUCCACCUCACCUGGUGCAACAGACGGGAGCCAAAGGAACUCUUUGGAGCUGGAUGGGGAGCAUGCACAAAGAGUCCCCGGGGCAGAACAGGGAGGGGCCCCACCCCCCCAGGUCAAGCUGAAAGAACGGCAGAAGUUCUUUGAGGAGGCCUUCCAGCAAGACAUGGAGCAGUAUUUGUCCACUGGGUACUUACAGAUCGCUGAGAGGAGAGAGCCAAUAGGAAGCAUGUCAUCUAUGGAGGUGAACGUGGACAUGCUGGAGCAGAUGGAUCUGAUGGACAUGUCUGAUCAUGAGGCCCUGGAUGUGUUUCUGCACUCUGGAGGAGAGGACAACAGCGCUGCCUCUCCUGUCACAGGUCCAGACAUUGAGUCCUUCACCACAGAAAUCAGUCUCCAGGUUCCCACCCAGGCUGAGCUACGCCACAAGCUUUCUUCCCUUUCGUCCACCUGCACCGACUCAGCCAGCCAGGACACGGAGGCGGGAGAGGAGGAUGAGGAUGAGGAAGAGGAGCAGACUGAGCAAGGAGGAGGAGGAGGAGGCGUCGGAGGAUCGGUGCGUGGAAGGAGGAGAAGGCCCCCGGUGGUGGUGACACUGGAUGAAGAGGAGGUGCACCCCGAUACAGUGCUGGUGGACAGCCUGGACCAAGAGAACCAAACCAGUAAAGACUGUGAGAAGAGCAGGUCGGAGGUUUGAGGAGAGAUGGACUGGAUUUAAACACAAACACAUAAACACAUGGCUGCCAAAUCAAAGUCGGAUAUAUUCUCAAAUUCUUUUCAUUGUGAAAAAAAAAAAUAUGAAAGAAAAUACAUUUAGAUUGCACUAAC